AUUACUCAGGAGGCCAGGCGCGGCCCCUUCGGCUCCGAGCAGACCCCAAGGGGGGCAGUGUCGUCUCGGCGGCGCUGUAGAGACCUCCACCCAAGACGGCUCCCCCUCCCCGGGCCUCUCCUGUCUUGCCCGCGAGCCCACUCGCCUCAUAGGCCUCUCGGUUCUAAUAUCUUGGGGUGAGGUGAGAGCAGGCCCGGGGAGGGUGGUUACCGCUGAGGAGCUGCAAUCGCGAUCAAGAUGAUAGAGGUACUGACAACAACUGACUCUCAGAAACUGCUACACCAGCUGAAUGCCCUGUUGGAACAGGAGUUGAGAUGUCAGCCAAAGGUCUGCGGCUUGAGACUAAUUGAAUCUGCACACGAUAAUGGCCUUAGAAUGACUGCAAGACUGAGGGACUUUGAAGUAAAAGAUCUCCUUAGUCUAACUCAGUUCUUUGGCUUUGACACGGAGACAUUUUCUCUAGCUGUGAAUUUACUGGACAGAUUCCUGUCUAAAAUGAAGGUACAACCCAAGCACCUUGGGUGUGUUGGACUGAGCUGCUUCUAUUUGGCUGUAAAAUCAAUAGAAGAGGAAAGGAAUGUCCCAUUGGCAACUGACUUGAUCCGAAUAAGCCAGUAUAGGUUCACAGUUUCAGACUUGAUGAGAAUGGAAAAGAUUGUGUUGGAGAAGGUGUGUUGGAAAGUCAAAGCUACAACUGCCUUUCAGUUUCUACAACUCUAUUAUGCACUCCUUCAAGAGAACUUGCCAUAUGAAAGGAGGAAUAGCCUUAAUUUUGAAAGACUAGAAGCUCAACUUAAGGCAUGCUACUGCAGGAUCAUAUUUUCUAAAGCAAAGCCAUCUGUGUUGGCAUUGUCUAUCAUUGCCUUGGAGAUCCAGGCACAGAGGUGUGUAGAGUUAACAGAAGGAGUAGAAUGUCUUCAGAAACAUUCCAAGAUCAAUGGCAGAGAUUUGACUUUCUGGCAAGAGCUCGUAUCCAAGUGUUUAACUGAAUAUUCAUCAAACAAGUGUUCCAAACCAAAUGUUCAGAAGUUGAAAUGGAUUGUUUCUGGGCGUACUGCCCUGAAAUGGUCCCUUAAUUGGAUUCUUACAGCCAACAAAAACUCUUCUGAAGCCUUUCUCCACAAUCCUGAGCUGUGGAUUCCAUAAUGUUAUAACAGAUUUAAGCUGUGAAGCCUCAAAAUAUCACAAGUAGAUUAACAUUGGUGUUCUCAGAUUUGGGAAAACUGCCUAAUUAACAUUACCCUAUAGUGGAAUUACUCACAUUUGAAUUCACCUGUGAAGCAUACAAAUCAAAGCUAACAGCAUAAAUGUGAAAUGCUAAUGACAAGCCUGGGAAGGUAAACUGUGAAUCUUCAUUUCUAACACUGAUCCAACUUUCUGUAUUGGGUCAAUAUAUUGUAUUUAGGUGGUGUUAAAAACGGUAACCUACUUAAUUUAAAUUUAAACUUUAAAUUUAAAUAUGAGGUUUACAUCAAAACCACCACUUCACAAAUGCACUUUUAAGGCAUAAUAAGGGUCAGUAUUCUAGGCAGUGAAAAUGGUUUCUUGGCACCCAUAAUGCAAGUAAUAUGUAAUCCAGAGAUGUGGACUUUAUUGCUACAUGGGAGUCACAUUUAAAUUUGAGGGCAUUUUAUAUAAAGCAAAACUACAGACCUAUUAAUUUCAGCAUAUUAGGUUAUGUUUAAUAUUUUUCUAGAAAACAGGUGAUGUUCAUAUCCAUGAUUUAAAAAGUUUUAUACAAAAUUUACUGCCUCAGUCUAGUCCCAUCAAGAAAAUUAGUUUUUACUGUAGUAGUAACUCAAAUUAACGUCACUCUGAAAACUUUGAUUUAACACUCCAGAAGUUUUUACUAAGCACUGUUUUUAUGAAACUGCCAUUGCUUCUAAUUUAGAGUUUUGCUUAAAAGGGAGAGAAUAUACUUUCAUUAAUUGCCCCUACUGUGCCAAAGGAAAGUAUUAAGAAAGGUAAGUAGGCAUCUUCAUAAUUAUAAGGUUGCUGAGGUAGUGUUCAGGAUUUCAGUGAACCUAAGGAGAUCUACUGUGUUAAAGUGUCAGUUAAUGUAAUGUGUAGCCCGAAUCCAUCCAGGAUGGCUGUACCCAAGUUUGACAUCAUGUUAUGGGGAGAUAUGCAUUGGAAAAUAAACCAAAGAACCACAGUGUAUCUUAUACUUUUGUAAACCAUGUUUUAUGGAUAACUUUCCAGUUUUCCCAAAAGACUGAUAAAUUUCAAUAUUUUGAAUACAUCAGUGUUAAUUCUGAGUUGGCAGAGGUAACCUAACCAACUACCAUUAUGUUUUGGUACUAAGGGAUAUACCUUUCAAUAAAGUUACUGAAAUGCA